AUGUCCGAGGAGACUGCCGUCGAUGGCCAGGGGCCCAAUGUCGUUGAGCUGAGCCACGAGUGGGAGAUCUGCCGUGAGAAUAUCCGUCCGUUGCGCCAAGGACGCAGAAUUGCUGCUAUCAAUGAGGCGUUGGCUGGAGCAAACCCGCAGAAAAACGCGCAGAUUCGUGCCAAAGAGAAAUUCGAUGAGAUUACUCAACUUGCCAAUGAAAGUGAAGAUCCACUGCAAUGCUACCUCGAAUACAUCCGCUGGUUUGACGAGAGCUUCCCUUUUGGCCGCCAGAAGCUGUUCUACGAAUAUCUUUGGAAGAUUAUAACCAGCUAUGCGAAAGAUCCGCGGUACAUCAACGACGAUCGUAUGCUGAAAGUGUGGGACAAAUUGGCGGAGAAUUCUCUGGGCAACGGCUGGAAGAUCUUCCAACAUGCAAAUACAAUUGGCUCAUUGCUUACAUCGGCACCCUUCUACGUACGCUGGGCCAAACUUUUCGAACUGGCGAACUCCAUUUCUGAAGCGAGGAAAGUAUACAGACGAGCUCGCGCUAAUCAUGCCGCUCCAAUAGACUUGUUGAACACGGAAGAGAAUGAAAUGGAGAUGCGGCAGAUGAGACGCGAGUUGGCUGAUCGCGCCAACGACUCGUGGGAAGAGGAGCCGGAUAUCGAGGAGGAAACCAUGAUGGACGAAAAUGGCAAGCGAGUGGCGUUGACAAGGCUCCAAGGACUCGGGGAUCAUGCCGUGGCGCCCGUCGUCAGACUGCCCAGCCUUGUUGGUGAAGGCGGUUCCUCGCGGCUUCAUCGAGACGGCAAGACGACAAGUCAUCCUUCGGGGAAUGGCUUCCAGAUCUUCACGGAAGAGACGGACGAUUUCGAAAGAGACUGCCUGCAAUCCGUCUACGAGAUGGACACCCACAUUGAACACAUCCAUCUGACAGAGGCUGAUGAGCGGAAAGAACGCGCAUUACGUCGACUGCCGCUGAAAGUUCGAGAACCACAGCCAUGUGGUUUCGAGAUUUACGACGAGACGGCACAACCCAAGGUGCCGCCGAAGCCAAAGCUGAUGCUGAGGAAGGCUAUGCGGGAGGACAGCGUUGAGGAAAUCCGUCUUCAACAUUUUCUCGCUGCCAACAAGUGCUCGGAAGACGCUAAUAUUGAUAGU